GGAUACUCCAGCAGACCCGAGGCGGUGCUACAGACCCGCCGGGGAGUGGUCAGCGGGCAGUGAGCCGGGCGCGCGGGCACAAAAGCACCAGGACCUGCGCAGGGCGCCGAGCCGCACCCGGGAGGCCCCGGGGCCGUCGGGCGCACAUCUCGCCUCCAGCCAUGGGGUCGGCAGCGUUGGAGAUCCUGGGCCUUGUUCUGUGCCUGGUGGGCUGGGUGGGCCUGAUCCUGGCGUGCGGGCUGCCCAUGUGGCAGGUGACCGCCUUCCUGGACCACAACAUCGUGACGGCGCAGACCACCUGGAAGGGGCUGUGGAUGUCCUGCGUGGUGCAGAGCACGGGGCACAUGCAGUGCAAGGUGUACGAGUCGGUGCUGGCGCUGAGUGCCGAGGUGCAGGCGGCGCGGGCGCUCACCGUGGGCGCCGUGCUUCUGGCGCUCGUCGCGCUUUUCGUGACCCUGGCGGGCGCGCAGUGCACCACCUGCGUGGCUCCGGGCCCGGGCAAGGCGCGCGUGGCCCUCACGGGUGGCGUGCUCUACGCGCUCUGCGGGCUGCUGGCUCUCGUGCCGCUCUGCUGGUUUGCCAACAUCGUCGUCCGCGAGUUCUACGACCCGACCGUGCCUGUGUCGCAGAAGUACGAGCUGGGCGCGGCGCUGUACAUUGGCUGGGCGGCCUCGGCGCUGCUCAUGUGCGGCGGCGGCCUCGUGUGCUGCGGCGCCUGGGUCUGCGCCGGCCGCCCCGACCUCGGCUUCCCGGUCAAGUACUCGGCGCCGCGGCGGCCCGCGGCCAGCGGCGACUACGACAAGAAGAAUUACGUCUGAGGGUGCCGGGCACGGCGGGACCCAUCCCGCCAGCCACGCCCGCGAGCCGGACGACCGGCCCAGGAGCCCUCAUAGACGGCGUCUUCCGCUCGGUCGUGCCGCGCACAGGCUCUGCGGAACGCUCGGCUCUGCUUAUGGACGCGGCCCACGGACCGGCUCCUACCCGCGCCCGCAGCCGGUCCUCCCCUGCCGCAACCAGCCGGGCCCUGGGCCGCGCCCUGUCCUGAAUAGAAGACGCAGUUAGGAGCACUCGAUGGGUUUCCUUUUCUGUGCACAGCGCUGGCCCCAACGUGGGAGGGGUUCGGAUUCCAUCAGCCAAAUGGACACCAGACUCUCAGAUGCCGCUGCCUUCCCCAACUCAGGGGGUCUUGGAUGCUGCCUUGCUUCCCAGCAGCUCCUACUGAUUCUGGAGAAGCAGACGGAUAGAGCAGGGCCCACAGCAUGGGCUGCCUGAGGGAUGUGUAUCGCUGGCCUUUACCCUGUCAGCAGGGCCUGAGCCCAAGGGACCGAAGGACUGGGCCUGGACCUCCCCGUCUCACCCCAGCAGCUCCCAAGGCUAGGCUUGUGAGCUGUAGAGCCUAAGCUUGGGGCUGGGACCCUGCCAUCAACUGCAGCUUGUGGGGUGGGGGUAAGUAAGGAGGUUAAGAAUUUGCUUAGUAAAUGGAUUGAACACUU